GCCGACAAGGGAAUGGGUCGCAGUGUUGCGUAGUAGGAAGGAAGAUUGUUUUAUUGGUAGCAGGAUUUGUUUUUUAAUCUUAUGAGAGGAAUCAGUACGAUGAUGAGUGACACCGGUUCACGUAUCUACGUGCGCUGUGUGAGCAUAUUAAUGGGAAAUGUCAGGACUAAGUGUACGAGCGGUGAUAAUGAAUUGUGAUCCUAGUAGUUGUCCUCGUUUGACAAAAGAAUCCUUGUCGAGUGUCCGUCUCUUUCCUGGUCGUUUACGUUGGUACUCGGUAAUACCGGUCUAUCGAUACGGUCAACCGUGGAAUGGCAGCAGCCUUAAAAAAGAAUCAUUCACGCAGACGGUUGGCCGCCCUAACAUUUCUUUCGAAUAUUUCUCUCGAUGGCAGCCACCGCGAUACCAAAUUAGCUGUUUUAUCGCGGAAUAGUGUUGCUCAUGCACGUACCCUGAGUGAUAGUCAGGCUCAUCAGGUUGAGGUUCGUCAGGCUGAUUUGACUGUUUCUACUGAAGAAGUUGUCGAUGACUCUACAGAAGAGCAUUUAAUAUCCUCAUCUGCAAAGCAAACAAGCUCUCCGCAAUUAGUGCCAAAAAGUGGUGAACAUAAUUCAUUUAGUUCAAAUUCUGACGGGAUACUGACUCCUGCAAAGGCAGCAGUGGCUGUAUUCCUAGAACAAGAAAGAAAUUAUCCACAGCUCUCUACUGGAUUUCAUAGUUCAUUCAGAGAACGUACUGGCACAACUGGCAGUGAAUAUUCUUUACCUGAAAGGCGAGUUGGUUCUUUACAAUAUAAAAAGCGUAUAACUCAUCAAACAUCAACUCUUUCCGAAGAUAUAAAGCAUCAAUAUAACAGUUCCAAUGAAAGUAUUGGUUCUUUACGUUCAAAACCACAAUCCUCAAAAUCAAAAUCAAAGACAUCAAAUAAUAUACAAUCUGGUUCUGCAAAUAGUGGCAUAAUACCAGAAGUUACAAGAGAAUUGCGUUUAAUGCAACGACCUGUAAAUGGUUAUAAGUUUGGAGAUGAUAGAUUGGUUUUGGUUUCUAAUAAACGUGUGCCAUUUCUAGUAUUUUCUGCUCUUCCAUAUAAUAAAGGACAAAGAUCUAGUUGGUCUGAACUGCGUAAAGAUACAGGACGAAGAAAAAAUAUAUCUUCACAGAGACCAUUAUCAGCAAUUAAUGAUAAUAUUGACCCUUUUGGUUUAUUGGGAAUAGAGCGUGCUAAAGACGGCCAGGAAAUAUCUUAUGGGCAGUUACUUGUCCCAUCUAGACAGUUUCAAAAGGACAAAAAGUUACAUUUUAGUGAUAAUGAGGCAAUAGAACUUAUACCUAACAAACAUCCUGUAGUUUCAAGGACAAAAACUAUUACAUGGAAUGUGGAUCACUCUAAAUGGUGUCUAUCAUAUGAUACAGCUACAUAUCGUACUCAGCAUUUAACGCCCGAAUCUCCACCACUAUCUUUUAAUACUGAUUCUAAAGCUUAUGAUUGGGAUGAGCAAUCAUUACAAUACAAUCCUAAUUUGUUGGAUGAUCCGGAACUCAUAGCUGGAAAGCAUAGAACACUGCUUACAUUUACAUCAUACAUGGCAUCAGUUAUUGAUUAUGUAAGACCAUCUGACUUAAAAAAAGAAUUGAAUGACAAAUUUAAGGAAAAAUUUCCGCAUAUACAACUUACCUUGAGUAAAUUAAGAAGUCUAAAACGAGAAAUGAGGAAAAUAGCAAAAAUGGAAUAUGGUAUUGAUCUCCUAACAGUAGCAAUGGCUUAUGUAUACUUUGAAAAACUUAUUCUUCGAAAUGUUGUUACGAAACAAACACGGAAAUUAUGUGCUGGUGCAUGUUUGCUUCUUGCAGCAAAAUUGAAUGAUGUUAAGGGUGAUGUCCUCAAAUCAUUAAUAGAGUUUUAUGCGAUUUACAGAGAAUUGAAAGUGUAUUUCGUCUAAACCGCAAGGAUUUAAUUACAUCAGAAUUUGCUGUUUUGGUGGCCUUAGAAUUUGGUUUACAUCUUCCAACAUGGGAGAUAUUUCCACAUUAUCAGAGAUUAAUAUACGAAUCUUGACCUUCUUUCACGACGUUUUUUUUACGUAGGCCCAGAACAUUUUCUUCAUAAAGUUGAAAUUUCAGAAACAAUUAUGAAAAGUACAAUACAUAGAGUUUUUUUAUAUAUUAACGUACAAAAUUAUAAGUAAAAGGGAAUAAGAAUUUAAAAGUGAAUAGAUACACUAUGGUUACUAACUAAUUUGUUAUUCUGUAAUAUCGUAAAAAAAUAAUAUGUUGGUAACAGUUAUAAACAGCUUGAUAGGCAUGAAUAAUUACAGAAGAGAUAUUACAAAAUAUUUCAUUUUUUCUUAAUAUGACUAUUUACAAUAAGUGGACUUUAAUAAUACGAAGCUCUUAUAUGAUAAAGUUGUUUAAUACUUCGUAAAUUUAUAAACAUGCGUAUUUGUAAUUAGAGUAAUUGUACGGAAUGGCGGAAAUUGCUGCAUUGCGUGUUAUUAUGCGUAACAAGCUGUAAGAAUUACAAAUAACAGUGUAUACUUUUGAAACAUUGUAAACACUUAACCCAUUUGCAUCCAAGCGCGGAUUAAUCCGCGCGCUGCGACUAUCUUCUAUCACCAAGCGUGGAUUAAUCCGCGCGCUGCGACUAUCUUCUAUCACCAAGCGCGGAUUAUUACGUGCGCUGCGGCUGCUUUUUUUUAUUUCCAUUUUAAUCUAAAUAAUUUUUUUUUAAAUAAAUAAUUUUUACUUUUCUUCUCUGUUGUAAAGAAUGUAAGAUGCGAUUUUUGCGAAGUAACAUUAUCUACUAAUCGUUUUGAACAGUAAAUUUUCGAUAAACUCCAUAAAAAAUUCGGAUGUCAUUUACUGCACCUACGACCGACCGCACGCGGUGAUAGGGAUUAGUCUUCUGAAGUAGGGUCAUGAUGCAAAUGGGUUAAAUAUGUUCAAAUCUUUUAAGUACUUAUUUAAUUUUUAAUUUGUUUUUAAUGGUCAAAAAAUUACGUUAUGUAUAGUACUUAGUGUAGUUAAUAAUUCCUUUCUGAGACACAAUAACUUAUACACAAAGAUGAUGAUAAUUAUACAAAGUGGUAGGUAAUCUGACAAAUUUAUAAAGAAGAAACAACAAAUGCUAAGUUUAGAGUCAAUAGAGUACUUUUAAAUCUUAGAGACAUCAGUUAUAGUGAUUUCAUCAUAUAAAUGUAAAUGCUUCUUCCAAUUUUUAUAAUGUAUAAAUGAAAUUAUGUUUCCGAAGCUCUUAAAGUUCUAAGGUUUACUAUAGAUAUUAAAAAAAGAUUUUUGUGCUUUAAAAAAGUUGCAUAAAAAUUUUAUUGUUUCACGAAAAGUUUAUUUUAAAACAUAUGUAUUUAAACAUUUAAAGAUUUUAUUUAAAUAUUACAAAAUUUUAUUGUUGUUUUAAAUUGCUUUUAGUUUUGUAAAUCUUUUAACAUAUGAUAAAUAUCUAAUUAUAGAGUCAUUAUUUACUGGAAAAAGUCAUUAUUAAACAUUCAAUUAUAAAAAUUAAUAUUAUCGAAGAGUAGAAAAAUUAUAGAUGAAACUACCAAUGGAGUACUUUCUUUUAAAUGUAAUGAAAGUAUUUACGAAGUUAAGUUAUACUUUUUCUUAUUAUUCAUUAUUUUAAUUGCUUUUGCAGCAAACUUGUGAUGUUUUAAAAUGAUAAAUCCCAAACAGUGUCUUAUUUUUUUAUGUUUGUUGGCUAUUAAUAGGAUGACUAGAAGAGAAAUUGGCAAAUAUAUUAAAUAUCAUUAAUUAAUAUAUUAUAUAUUAUAUAUAUAUUAUUAGAUAUUUGACAUAAGUGGAAUCUUCUCUGAAUGAAAACUCAAUCGUUUUUUCUUCUUGUUUUUCCCCUUUUUUUUAAUCUAGUCAAACCAAUUCACAAUUCAAUUUAAUUGCUUCUGUUUAUAGUGUUUAGAGUGGUUCAUUUUUAUGAAUUAAAGUUGGCACAGAAAAUGAUUGUACAAUAUUAAGUAAUAAUAAAUUAUUACUUACUGCAUGUGCUUAAAGUGCUAAUUUUUGCAAUCAUGAAUAACAGUUUACCAAAAUAAAACAGUUACAAUCAUUUUUCUAAUUCAAUUAUAUCUUACAACAUUUUCAAAGCAUUUAAAAUGUAUGAGAUUGUAUCUAUAAUUUAGAUUCAUGUAAAUUAUAAUAUUGAGAAGUAUGCACACUAAUAAUAUAUAUGUUGCUAUUUGCUUGAUUAAACAAAUUACAAAAACCAUAUUAUAAAUUAUUCAAAAUUCGUAUGAUGUAUAUCAAUAUUAUCAAGUAUCCCUUAAAAUGUAAAGUAAAACAUCAGAGAGAUGCUAUAAUAAAUCCCUUUGCAUAUUUGCUGUAAUCGUACUUUGCAAAUUUUCAGAGGAAUAUUUUGUUAUAAAAUUAACAUUACUCAGAUCUUCUUUUAUGUUAGCUUUCAUUUGCAUACAUAAAGAAGCACCAAAGUAUUUCAGUUCUUUAAAUACUGCUUUCACAACAAAAUUUUGUUGUGCAUGCUUUAUCAUAGAAUUUUACUUGCAAAUAUAAAUUUUGAAAUAUAUGUUAGCAUUAAAUAAUAUGAAAAGGGUACUUUUAUAAAAUAUGUAGGAAUUGUCGGCAGUAUUUUUAAUGUUUUUUAUAUUGAUGUCAUAUCUUUAUAUUAACUUUAAUAGAGAUUGUGUAUAAAAUUAUUGUAUAUAAAAAUUUCUAUUUUAAUAUAUCUUUAGUUUUAUUCGUUGAUUAAUCUGUAUUGAAUAGUAAAUAUUUUUUUAUUGUUAUAAAUGGUACAAUAAUUGUUAUAGUAUAAAAAAAUAACGAGCGUGAAGAAAGCCUUAAAAGUUUUUAUUUUUUAUGUUAAUAAUAUUUAAGACAGAUUUUGACUGUAUUAUUUCAAGAGAUUGUUAUUACGCGUAAAAAUAUACGCUCAAAUUAAAAGAAAAUUGUUAAAAAAAA